AUGUCUCGGCGAAAGCAGCGGAAACCCCAACAGUUAAUCUCGGACUGCGAAGGUCCCAGCGCGUCUGAGAACGGUGAUGUGAGCGAGGACGACCACCCCCAAGUCUGUGCCAAGUGCUGCGCACAGUUCACUGACCCAACUGAAUUCCUCGCCCACCAGAAUGCAUGUUCUACUGAUCCCCCUGUAAUGGUGAUAAUUGGAGGCCAGGAGAACCCCAACAACUCUUCGACCUCUUGCGAACCCCGGCCUGAGGGCCGCAGCAGUCCGCAGGUCAUGGAAGCCGAGCAAAGCAACCCCUCGGACUGCGCGUCCUCUGUACCCACAGAUCCCACCUGGGGCCCAGAGCGGAGGGGAGAGGAGUCUUCCGGGCACUUCCUCAUUGCUGCCACAGGUACAGCAGCUGGGGGAGGGGGGGGCCUGAUCUUGGCCAGCCCCAAGCUGGGAGCAACUCCAUUACCGCCGGAGUCCACCCCUGCACCCCCCCCUCCUCCGCCUCCUCCUCCUCCCCCCGCAGGGGUAGGCAGUGGCCACUUGAACAUCCCUCUGAUCUUGGAAGAACUCCGGGUGCUGCAGCAGCGCCAGAUUCAUCAGAUGCAGAUGACGGAGCAAAUCUGCCGGCAGGUGCUGCUGCUUGGCUCCUUAGGUCAGACAGUGGGCACCCCUUCCAGUCCCUCAGAGCUACCUGGGACAGGGACUGCCUCCUCCACCAAGCCCCUGCUUCCCCUCUUCAGCCCCAUCAAGCCUGUCCAAACUGGCAAGACACUGGCACCUUCCUCCACCUCCUCCUCAGGGGCAGAAGCACCCAAGCAGGCUUUCUUCCACCUUUACCACCCCCUGGGAUCACAGCACCCUUUUUCUGCUGGUGCGGGUGGGCGAAGCCACAAACCCACCCCUGCCGCCACCCCGGCCCUGUCGGGCAACACAGAUCAGCUGAUCGCCUCGCCUCACCUGGCAUUCCCAGGCACCACGGGACUCCUGGCAGCACAGUGUCUUGGGGCAGCCCGGGGUCUCGAGGCUGCUGCCUCCCCGGGGCUCCUGAAGCCAAAGAAUGGAGGUGGAGAGUUGAGUUAUGGGGAAGUGAUGGGCCCCUUGGAGAAGCCCGGUGGGAGGCACAAAUGCCGCUUCUGCGCCAAAGUAUUUGGUAGUGACAGUGCCCUGCAGAUCCACCUGCGUUCCCACACAGGCGAGAGACCCUAUAAGUGUAAUGUGUGUGGCAACCGCUUUACCACGCGAGGCAACCUCAAAGUGCAUUUCCACCGGCAUCGGGAGAAGUACCCACAUGUGCAGAUGAACCCUCACCCCGUGCCAGAGCACCUAGACUAUGUUAUCACCAGCAGCGGCCUGCCCUAUGGUAUGUCGGUGCCGCCAGAGAAGGCCGAGGAGGAGGCAGCUGUGCCGGGCGGAGGUGUGGAACGCAAGCCUCUGGUGGCCUCCACCGCCGCCCUCAGUGCCACAGAGAGCCUCACGCUGCUCUCCACCGGCGCAGGCACCACUACGGCCCCUGCGCUUCCCGCUUUCAAUAAGUUCGUGCUCAUGAAAGCGGUAGAGCCAAAGAAUAAAGCAGAUGAAAACACCCCGCCGGGGAGUGAGGGCUCAGCCAUGGCCGGGGUGGCAGAAAGUGGCGCAGCAACCCGCAUGCAGCUAAGUAAGCUGGUGACAUCGCUACCCAGCUGGGCCCUGCUUACCAACCACUUGAAGUCCACUGGUAGCUUUCCCUUCCCUUAUGUGCUGGAGCCCUUGGGGGCUUCGCCCUCUGAGACCUCCAAGCUGCAGCAGCUGGUAGAAAAGAUUGACCGUCAAGGAGCUGUGGCAGUGGCCUCUACUGCCUCGGGUGCCCCCACCACCUCUGCCCCUGCAGCUUCAUCAUCAGCCUCAUCUGGACCCAACCAGUGCGUCAUCUGUCUCCGGGUGCUGAGCUGUCCUCGGGCACUGCGCCUGCAUUAUGGCCAGCAUGGAGGUGAGCGGCCCUUCAAAUGCAAAGUGUGUGGCAGAGCUUUCUCUACCCGGGGCAAUCUGCGUGCACAUUUCGUGGGCCAUAAGGCUAGUCCAGCUGCCCAGGCCCAGAACUCCUGCCCCAUUUGCCAGAAGAAGUUCACCAAUGCUGUUACUCUGCAGCAGCAUGUUCGGAUGCACCUGGGGGGCCAGAUCCCCAAUGGUGGCACUGCACUCUCUGAAGCAGGGGGAGCUGCCCAGGAGAAUGGCUCUGAGCAAUCGACAGUCUCCGGAGCGGGGGGCUUCCCCCAGCAGCCAUCCCAGCAGCCAUCCCCAGAGGAGGAGUUGUCUGAAGAAGAGGAAGAGGACGAAGAAGAGGAAGAAGAUGUGACCGAUGAAGAUUCCCUGGCCGGAAGAGGCUCUGAAAGUGGAGGUGAGAAGGCGAUAUCUGUGCGAGGUGAUUCAGAAGAGGCCUCUGGCACGGAGGAGGAAGUGGGGACUGUGGCGGCAGUGGCCACAGCCGGGAAGGAGAUGGACGCUAAUGAGAAGACCAUUCAACAGCCUUGUCUGCUGCCACCACCACCGCCUGACAGCCUGGACCAGACGCAGCCAAUGGAGCAGGGAGGCAGUGAUGCUGCCGGAGGCUCGGAAGAGGGGGGAAAACCGGAGAGGAGCUCCAGCCCAGGGUCAGCGCUGGCCCUUGAAGGGGAAGGCGGCGGCACCCCCUUGGUGGAGGAGCUGAGCCUGCAGGAAGUGAUGAGAAAGGAGCCCGGGGAAAGCAGUGGCCGAAAGGCCUGUGAGGUGUGCGGCCAGACCUUUCCCACCCAGGCAGCUCUGGAGGAGCAUCAGAAAACCCACCCCAAGGAGGGGCUGCUCUUCACUUGUGUUUUCUGCAGGCAGGGCUUUCUCGAGCGGGCUACCCUCAAGAAGCACAUGCUGCUGGCCCACCACCAGGUACAGCCCUUUGCCCCCCACGGCCCUCAGAAUAUUGCUGCUCUUUCCUUGGUCCCAGGCUGCGCACCCUCUAUCACUUCCCCAGGGCUCUCUCCCUUUCCCCGAAAAGAUGACCCCACCAUCCCAUGA